AAUAUACGGCAACCAGCCUAGUUCGAUUUACGACUUAACUAACAGUAUCAACACUAUGCAAUCGCAGCAUCCGCCUGUUGUUCCCCUGGGUUGCCGGUCGGGCAGACUGAAUUCGAAUCGCACUGAACGUGAAACAGCGCAAAAUCGAAUCCUAACUUCGCUGUCAGACGAUCGAGACGUUGCUGAACGCGAUUUGGCUAUGAAAGUGAAGAAGUUAGAGGAGCUCAAGGAAUUCAAAAGUCCUUUAAAGCGGAUUAUUGACGCACAUACCCACUGGAAAAGCGAUCCCAAUCCAGAACUUCGUCGACGGCUCGUUAAUUUAAAACGGCUCUAUGUGUUCCUAUACAUCUCCGGACGAUUGAACAUUGACCUACCGUACGGUACUUGUGUCCAAAUCCACGAAAGCGUCAAAAAUAUUUGUCAGGUUAUGCGCCAGGAAUCGUCCAAUUUCGCUGGGAGAUUUCCUUGGGUUAGCGAAAGACUUUUCUUCGAGGUCGAAAAAGAAAACGUAAGUGAUUUACAAUCUAGGAAUGAUUUCCGGGUGGUUAAUUUUCACCAGUUGUUUGUUUAUUUUUUAUGUCUGGAAUUCGUACUUCAGGUUUUUGUGUUUGGCAUUGACAAUACGCUGUCACUAGUUUUCUGUAAAUAAUAACAAGAAUAAUAUAAUUAUAAGUACCUAAAUUAUAAUCAACACUUUUAAGCUUACGAGCGCAAGAAAAUUAGACCUCUCUCUCUCGCAGAUCCCGCCACCGUGAUGCUAAAGUACUUACUCCAACAAGUGUUUGUGUACGUACGAUGAAUAUCAGUUGCCACUUGCCACACUCCGCUUUGAACGGUUCCAGCCGAACUGACUGCUGUUUCGCAAAGAGCGGCAGGGUUUCCAUGUGUAAAAUAUAGGAAAAGCCUUGAAUGUAAUUAUUACUUUGUAUUUUCCAUUUACUGCUUACGCUUCAUGUUGUACUUGUAUAAAUAAUUAUUUUUGUGUGGACACUAAGAAAUCACCGCAGACAAUGCGGCAAUAAUGAAAGGCUUUUCUUUUCGAUCAAUUUAGAUAAAUGUUGCGUUUUCUUCUAAAUGACAAAUUAUAUUUAUAUGGUUUGGUUUGCCAGCCGUUAAUUAUUUCAGUACAGUAAGAGUUAAAACUUGCCUGCAGGGU